GAUGACAAACCCGAACCGGAACGGUGCAGUACUCGUGACCCUUCAUCGCAAUCAUCGUGGUCUGCGAAACCGGUGGCUUCGGUAUCUCCACUGCCUGUUACUGAUAUUGCGGUCACGUCUUCUGAGGAACGAAGUGUUAACCCUGUGAGCGUGUCCCCAGCGCCCCAUUCACAUGCUCCGCCCGAGGGCUUUGAAUGGGCUGUCGCGCUGUACGACUUUGAGGCUCAACGGGGUGACGAGUUGGGAUUCGCCGCCGGUGAAAAGCUACUCGUCGAAUGUCGAUUUGACCAUGAUUGGCUUUACGGAUGCACCGUUAAAGAUUCUCGAUGUGGUCUUUUCCCUGCGGCAUUCGUACAGCUCGAAAAUGAUUCGGAGACUGAGUCUCUGAAAGAGACCGACAGCAUCAACUCGAAAGCGGCGGAGCUCAUUUCCCCACCGGCUGUUGAAGUUUCAUCCGGCAGCAUCAGUGUUACGGGAAGACCGGCUGUCGCAUUGUACACUUUUAUGGCCGAACAAGAAGGCGAUCUUGGUUUUGAGGAAGGUGAGACGGUGUACGUCCUUUCGCGCAUCAAUAAGGACUGGCUACAAGGGCGUAACAAACGUGGUAAAGAAGGUCAAUUCCCCGCCAGCUUUGUACAACCUGAAAGAGAAUCCAGUGCGACCACCAUGGAAAUCAGUGGUAUUGAUGGCCACAACAAGCAGUCAACACCUGCAAAGGACGCUGGCGUCUACGUAUGCUUAUAUGAUUUCGAGGCUCAACAGGAUGACGAUCUAACCAUUCAUUUCGGUGACAAGAUUCAGGUGACUAAGAUGGUAUCCGAAGAAUGGUGGCAAGGCCGUAUCCUUGGAAAUCAGCAAGAGGGAAUUUUUCCUGCGACCUUCGUAAAACCUCUAUAACCUAAACACCGCGUCUGGCAUUGCCAACUAGAUGGACGAUUUUAGCGUGAAUGUGCAGCAACGAAUUGAUUUCCGUAAUCCAACGGCAGUAUGAAGCACGCGAUCAAGGUAGACAGCGCCGGUACGAGUGCGUGACCCAUCCAUCCAAUAGCUUCCGGACGUUCCAAUUUUGUGCCUCUUGCACGGACUAUGCUCACCUACAUUCUUUUUAUAAUCAGCAGCGACUAGGUAGCGAUAUUUACUAGGUAACCGUGGACAAAUGCGUGAUGUGAUAGGACCCUUUAUCCUGCCUCUGUAUUUAUCAUCUUCUCCGUAGAAUAUUGCUUGUUGGAUUUGACUGGCUACAUGCAUAGACGGUCAGAACAUGUUGCCUAUUAUCGCGUGCUAGCGGGCAUUCCCACAACGUACGUGUGAUGACUGUCUUAGCAAAUAGGCGUCAUAUGUUGUUGUACUUAUAUAUGUAGCAGAUGCAAAUAAAGCCAAUGUCUCUGUACGUUCUGAGGUAAGCGAAUCUGGAAAUUAACGAAUGCUGGUUCGUGUGUGCUAGGCGUGAUUUCAAAAAUGUCAGCAUGGAAUGAACGACAGGGAAGAGCCAUGAGAUGAUCUAGUGUGAACGUAGUAAUACACAAACAAUGUAACGAGUAUUAUUAGCUCUGUUAGCGGUCAUGUAGUAUGGUAACUGUAGGGGUAGACUUUUAGCAGAAUUAAAGGCAUUUGGUGUUAUUGCCCGCAAAGCAUAGAAAAACUACACUGUUGUAAAACAUUGUCAUCCCCCAUACAAAGACGAAACGAGCAAAAUGUAUGUAUUCCCCUAUCGCACCCCUUAUUAACUAUUUAUGUUUUGAAGGGAAUAUUGAGAGAAAUGAAAAUAAUGUUUGCUUGUAUUUCGAUGGGGACUCUUUUGAAAAAUCCUUAUGCGUGUACUGAAUGUGCAUUAGAUUUGUAGAUAGAUAGAAUUACUUCUAUGGUCACAUAGUCUGCGUUUAGACCGAAUUCUGGUUUCGAUGUAGGUUUUCGUAGCACACAACUGGAUCUGAUCGUUGCUACCACACACACCCGUUCAUCAAUGAUGUAGACGCCCAUCUAGGUCUUAUCCGAUUCGAAUAAUGGGGCAGUAUUAGAUAACCGUUCAAUAUUGGAGAAAACGUACUGAAUCUUCGAAAGAACUUUCCUAAGCCCGUUUGUCUUUGAUACCUUGUGAAACUGAGCGUGUGUUCAGCAUGAGUCGAUGCGGGUGAGAACGCAGGGAAUUUUUGUUGUUGCGUGGUUGGUUAUGUGUUUAGCUAUACAUAAAGGUGUCGCUGCCUAGUGAUUACGUUUUGAAAAGCGGACAAAAUCGGAUUGAAGCUAUUGGCAAGACUACGUGAUAAGCAUCUAUAGAAACGAAGAACACAACGCUAUAAAAAUAAUGAAGUCGAUGUACCGUCAACGAUAGCAACAGCAGGAUGCCAUGUUGGCAUGGCUGUAAUAAUCUGCUAUAUCUAUAUAAUGGUUAUCCUUUGCAGCAGGGAGGAAAGUAAUCGCAAAGGAUAUCACGUUGCACUCCUGAGAAAAAGAUUUCUGCGCAGUGUGGUAGAAAAGUAGCUCGCCAGAGGGCAAAGCACAAGUGGAAGUAGUAAUGGGGCGGAUAAUGACAGGAGGGCUAUGCUAUAGUAAAGGUUAAUCAGAAAAGAAGAACGUGUAUGUAUCAUUUUGAACACUGCCGCCACCGAGCGAAAAAAAACGGAUUUUAUGGAAACAACGGCGACGGUGGUGACGAAAAGUAUAACGACGAGACUAAGUCAUAA